AUGAAUAACAGCAAUUCGCCGAUCUCUUACAGGAACGUAUCAAGGAAGAGUGCUAUAAUCAUGUUUUCUGUCAGCAUAGUCGUCAGUUUCCUUGUUGUCGCCUCAAACCUCGCUACCAUUCUGACAUUUCUCGUCAACAGACAUCUUCGUCGUCGUAGUGUGUACUGCCUGAUACACUUGGCAGUGGUUGACAUGAUGCAUGGUGUGUUGAGAAUGGCAUUUGAAUCAUGUGUCUAUGACUUUUACUUUGGAUCAAAGCUAUUUUGCUCUGUUUUUUCACUUAAUAUUGUACUUGCUAUACAUGACUUGACUUUUGCUAUGUGUCUAUUUUCUUUGGUUCUUAUUUCUCUAGAACGUACGUAUGCAACUUUUUCCCCAUUCAAAUAUCGAACACUACGCUUGAAGAGUUAUAUUAUGUUGUGCACUUCAGCAUGGUUGCUUUCAGCAUUGAUCAUCGGUCCUUUCAUAAAAACUAAGACUUUACCAAACUAUGGCUCUAUCUUUAUAACUAUUUUAAUAACAAUAUCGUUUAUCUGUCUCAUUGUUAUGUGUACCUCGUACAAAGCCAUACUUCACAAUAUCAAACUCCAGUCCAAGCGACUAAAUACAAGUCAACAUAAAACAUCCAUAACAAGAAGACCGAAUUGUGAACAGCAUCUUGCAGUGACCCUAGUAAUCGUAACACUGUUAUUUGUAAUAACAUGGCUGCCAUGGAUUGUCACAGUUACUAUCGUAUUGUGUUGCACAAAAGAGAUAUCUUUUAUCGAGUAUAGAGUGAUUCUCAUAAUACAGCUGACGAACUCACUAAUCAACCCAAUAGUCUAUGUUACUAGAAUGAGAGAUUUUAGAGAAGCGAUGGCAAAACUGAUCUUUAGAUGUUCACUUGAUUUACAUCGUCCUCGGGAAGUUGUUCAAUAUCAUAAGAAUGGCAGGGGAAAUGAGGCUGUCGUACAACUCAGUUUUAGAUGA